AUGGAUCUGCAGCCGGGAAAGUCGGCUUCGCCGAGUGCAAAGAAGAAUCUGAAUCAGGAGAAACAUCGUAUAAAUGAGCAGAAGAGCAGUUACUUGGUAACGAUGCUGAGUUUGAUUCAGUCCUUGGAGGUAUUUAUACCUAUUUUUCAGUAUUGGACGUUUUUUAAUUCGCGAAUUUUGUAUGAUACUUUAUUUUGUUGUAUUUUAUUUUUUGUACGUGGUUGAUCUCGUUUAGACGCUUCUGAUCCAAAGGGAAAACAAAAGAAAGGCAAUGCAUAAGUUGAGUACUGAUUUGAAACUUCAUAAGGAGAGCAUAAAUAGUCGGAUUGACGAUGUAAGUUAAUUCUACAGGUUUAUUUAAGAUCCUUUUUUGUUAACUUAUUUGAUAUUAUAGUCUUUUGAUCAAUGUAACUUUAGUUGACCGCCAAGGCUCGUAAACUGUCUAAAAUGGCAAAAGAAAACACAAAAGUACGAGAAUCAGCCUCGGAAAGCUUUGCUAGUAGCAAAUUCGGGACUUGCCAUUCGAAUUCAAAAGUCGUUGAACAAAAACAAUCAGAAACGCUGGAUAACAUCCUGAAACGGCUGGAAGUGCUGGAGAAAGUUAAGGCAAAGGAAACGAUCGGUGCCAGUAUAACAUCGGUAAGUUGUUUUAUAAAUGUACCUUCUGUAAUACCUUAAUAUCAUGAUUUAAUUUUUUUUUAUCUUAAAACACCUAUCUUAGCCUGCAACUAAUCAUAAUGUUGAACGAGAAGAAUCAUCAGCUUUGUACGGUGUUUGUGAAAUGACUGGGAAUUAUGAACUUGUAAGUUUUCUUCGUAACGUAUCUUAACCGUACAUAGGACGUUAAAGUUUUUUGUUUAAAAUGAUAAAAAUUACAACGUCUUUCUGUGUAUUAACAGUCAAAGUAAGUGUCAAAUUUUAGUGUGCCAAGUCGAUCGACGAUUGUAUUAGCCAACUGAAAUGUGUACGAACUAUGCCUGCCUUGAUUUGUCGUAGUAACGUUGAGGGAAUCAACUCGACAGAGCAAGUAGAUUAUGUUAUUCAGGUUCUCGAAGCUUUUGGGAAAAGAUUGAAAAAUUCUGUGAGUUUUUAGUCUAGUUUUUGAAAACAACAUACCUUUUUUUGUUAAAAAUCUGUGUGAAAUGAAGCUGCACAGUGCAAAGUUUACUAUGCGUUUUUAAUAAAUUCUUGAGAUUUAAGGUACAGUAUUUUAUGACCAUUUUACCAGCUUUGUAUUCUGUCUUAUGAAAUUUACCUUUUCAAAUAUAUUUUGAAACAUUUUCAAUUUAUCUCUAUAACAACAUCAUUUCAGCUACAAUACGCUCAUUUCGAUGGAAGUCCCCGUGCCCACCGUAGCCGCGAGAACGUUCUUUCCUAA